UUUCUUCUUCCGGGCGCUCAGAUCGCCGUUGCAGUUCAGUUGGCGUAGGGGGGCGGCUAGCGCAGGAGAGGCGAGGAUUGUGGCUCCCGGGUGUCUCGGGAUCCUCAGAGGAGCGCCGGGUUGGUGCGUGGCCCAGCUUUUCCAGGACCUCCUGCGAUGGAGGCGGCUUUGCGGCGAGAACUUGGCACCUCGGUGCUGCGGCCUGCGGGACACUCGGGGGGAGGCUGCAUCAGCCACGGCGAGAGUUUCCACAUCGACCACGGGAAGGUCUACGUGAAGCGCAAUGAUAAGGCCGAGGCCAGAAGAAUGUUUGAUGGAGAGAUGGCAAGUUUAGAUGCUAUUCUGCAAACACAGACUGUGAAAGUUCCUAAACCUAUCAAAGUUAUUGAUUUGCCAGAAGGUGGUACUUUAUUUGUGAUGGAACACUUGGACAUGAGAGGUCUCAAUAGACAUGCAGAAAAACUUGGGAUUCAGCUGGCUGAUCUUCAUCUUCAUAAUCAAAAGCUUGGGGAAAAGUUGAAGAAAGAUGCAAACACUAUUGGUAAAAGUCAGAUGGAUACUCAGUUUGUGGAAGAGUUUGGGUUUCAUUCUGUCACUUGUUGCGGUUAUCUUCCACAGGUUAAUGACUGGCAACAAGACUGGGUAAAUUUCUUUGCUAGGCAACGAAUUCAGCCUCAGAUGGAUUUGAUUGAGAAAAAUUCAGGAGACAGAGAAGCAAGAGAGCUUUGGGCUCAACUCCAGGUGAAGAUACCCAGUUUGUUUGGUGAUCUGAAAAUAAUUCCUGCUCUCUUACAUGGGGAUCUGUGGGGAGGAAAUGUAGCUGAAGAUGAUUCUGGGCCCAUUAUCUUUGAUCCUGCCUCUUUCUAUGGUCACUCUGAGUAUGAGUUAGCAAUUGCUGGGAUGUUUGGUGGUUUCAGUGGUUCAUUUUAUUCUGCUUACCAUGGUAAAAUCCCCAAAGCACCAGGCUUUGAUAAACGGCUCAAGCUUUACCAACUAUUUCACUACAUGAACCAUUGGAAUCAUUUUGGUGGAGGCUACAGAGGGUCAUCUAUAAAUAUUAUGAAAAAUCUGGUGAAAUGAUUUAUUGUGAAAUUUUAUUAACUCUGUUUGGAAAAAUACAUGGGUUUUCAGCUGCAGUGAUCUGUGAUACUUAAUUUAUUAAGAGUUAUACCCAGUUUUUCAUCCAGGAGCCCCAGGUGGUACACGUAGCUCUGCUUCCAAUUUAUGCCCAGGAGAGAGACAGAGAAAGAAAGAUAAUGAUCACCUGGAAGUCACCCAGUGAGUGUCCUUGGGUAAAUUUCCUCAUCCCACUCCAGCAUCUUAAUUACUAUAUUCCACUCGUUAUAAUUUAAAUUAUCACCCCCUUUCCAUAAUUGAAGAUCAAUCCUACUAUGUCCCAAGCUUGGUGUCCUAUUAACUACAGUUUAUUAAAGAGCUGUCUGAGGCGGAAAUAAUCCAAGAUUUGCAUGAAAGCCUUUUUUGCUGUUAAGAUGACACCAUUGAAUUGAUUUAGUAGGUUGCAGUAGACAAAAUUGCUCUUGAAACAAUAGUUUAGAUACAUUUUUUGCCAGCAGGGUGGAAAGGGAACAAAAAUAACAAUAAUGAUAAAGGCACAGUCGGAGAUCUUAGUGAUCUUUCUUUCAUGAAUAUAUUGGGAAUUUUCUUGCUUGCUAUGAAACUAAGAUUACUCUCAGUAUUUAUAAUAUUACUUUUAUUUCAGUUUUAUCAUUAUAGCUGCAUUUACAUUAGAUGCAUGUUCUAAGCUAAAAUUGGAAUACAUAGGAUGCUGCCUAGGUGACUUUUGUUUCUACCGUGAAUGUUGUUAGCAUGGCUGCAGUUGUCAAAAUUCAGGACUCUGACUGAAUCUUCCAAUCACACUACAAUUUGCUUGAUGAUCUGGUUUGUCUUCCUUCUGUAAGGCUCCAGCUGGUGUAUGUUCCUAACUACCAAAAAAACUUGACCUAAUCUUGUGUUGUACAAUGUACAUUCAUGGAUUAAGUUUAUUUAUAGGCAGCUGUAUCUAUUUCAGAGUUACUUUCUGUGGCUGGUUGGUGGAAUAAUUUCUCUUUGAAGCCAUUCAACUGAGCUGGGACUCUAGCUCCCAGAAACUCUAGCCAACCAUUGCUGCUUUGGCUGAUAAAUCUUGGGAUUGUAUGCAAGGCUGAGGUAAAAAUAGGCUAUCAGUGAUUUUUACAGUUUGUUCUGAACUACUUUGAGUAGUGAUAAAAAUAAAGCAAUCUUUGUGCUGAUAAAAUGCUAAACGCUAAAUACCACUUAAAAUUAAUAUAGGUUUAGACUUUAGAUUAUGAGGAAGGAAUCAAAACCUGAUUGAUCUUCCCCUUCCACAUAUACACAUAACUUCUCCCAUUUUAAUACUUUGGUUGACUGUAGUAUCUUGCAACCAGUUAGGCUCACAAUACUAUUUUUCCAGAGGGUGUUUUUGAUUCACUACUGCUGAGCUAAAAUAUAUGGUUAUUUCCCAUUCCCCCCAUCAGAUAUAAAAUUUUCCUGCUAGAAAAAAAAUCAUUUAUUGAUUUUGUCUGUCACCUAUAGUAUAAACUCUAACUAAAGUAGCAACAAUAAUUCUAAUUCAGAUUGUGAUAGUAUAUUAAUUCUAUUGAAUCUUUUAGUAAAAGUAUGUUGCUUUUACCUUAGUUAGGCGAGGGCUAACUUUUCUGGGCAGUUAAUUAGAGAAUUAAUUUUAGCUAUAAUUAUGUGUCCAGCAUCAGUUUCCUCUGUGUGGAUUGUUUAACAGGGGAGAUUAGAAAGAGAAAGAAAAGUUUUAUUAUUGUAUUACUAAUUCCCCUUAGUUUUUGCAUUUGCAUGAAUCUGCUACCGCUUGUUUCUAGCGUACAGCAGCAGGAAUGCUGAAUAAGUAUUAUCUAAUACUUGAAAAAGUAUACUGGAAAUACCCAACAUGAUUUACAACAAUUGUGAAGUGCUGAUGAAGAGUUUUCUAGAGAGUAGUAAAUAGAUCCAGAACCACAUUUGAAAAUAAAAUGUGGGUCUGGAUGAAAGGAUACAUAUGAAAAUACAUUAUUUUUAGAAAUAAUACCAAAAUACUGCAGAAUAUAUAUCUUUUAUGGCAAACAAUUAGAAUAUGGGUUUUGCUCUUUCAGAUGUUGCUUUUUGGUGGCUGUCCAUUCUAAAUUGCCAGGUAGGUACCGGUAGAGAGGCAUGAUUAAUAGAAUGUAUGCUCAUACAGACCCUUGGAAUGUUUUUGAUGCUUUGAAUUAACAUUAUUUGACUUUACAAUAUGGAAAAAAUAUUACACUAAUUUUUAAAAAUUCCAAUCGUCUCUGUUUCCCUGCUUUCUCAUUUUGCAUAACAAUACCACUAAUUUUCUGAGUUUAAAGAAGUUGCUGUUUGUCAUCCUUUGUAAUUGUUAAAAUAAAAUAUAUUCCUGAGCAUUUCA